AGGCGGGGCGAGAGGCGGUGACUGGCAUGUCCUAGGCCCCGCCUCUUCCGCUUCUCCGGCCUGCCCUUCCUGCUGCUGGGCCAUCCGAUAGAGCCGAGGACGUUGCAGUUUCCUCUUGAUUCGGUCCGUCUCGCCCUCUCUCGCGACACUAUGGUGGCCUACUGGCGACAGGCUGGACUCAGCUACAUUCGAUACUCCCAAAUCUGUGCAAAAGCAGUGAGGGAUGCCCUGAAGACAGAAUUCAAAGCAAAUGCCGAGAAGAGUUCUGGCAGCAGCAUAAAAAUUGUGAAAGUGAAAAAAGAAUAAUCAACCCUGAUUAAAGCUUGAAAUGCUACAUUUUCCCAUGAAGAUGUGUGGGCACAUGUUAUGGCAGAUUGAAAGCAGUGUCACUUUGUGGAGGGAAAAAUACCUAACUUGUUCAUAAAUUAAUGAUGCCAAUAAACUGAUAUGUGGUUCACUGCUA